GUCUGCUUCUAUGUCACAAGGUCAAACUCUUAACCCUAGCAUAUUCAAUCCUUCUUGAGCUUCUCUAGAACUUUGGAGCAUUGGAAUUUUCAGCCACCGUAACCAGAUAUUUCAUGUCUAGAACGGAUGUAAGAUUCCCAUACGUUUCUUUAAGCUUAGAGACCAUAUACUCACAUCAUAUAGCGGCCAACUCACGAUGUCCAGUCGUCCAAAAUCCAAACAGUACACGGCCGUCCAUGAUGAGGAGACGGCCUGCCUAUCCGAAGCGGAAAGCACUGAGAAUUUUCUCAGCGAUAAUCAAAGGCGCAACAUAUCUCCGUCAACUUGGAUUCCCCAAGGACGCUGCAAUGCCGCAGGUUUCAUAUUAGGAGUUGCCUGUCUAGUCGUGACCAUUCUGGUUACUAUUCAAUGUACUAUUUGGUAUGAACGAAGAGGCAGCAAUGCUCCGAGAUGGCGCCCAGCAUUCUCGCCGCUGUAUGAUAUGGUGAAAAUUCCAUUGAUAACAACAUAUAGCGAGCACUCUCCAGCUCCUAAUGUCUCGGACCCGAGACAUAUCUACCGGUUAGACCCAAGCCCUGAAGUUGAUGCAGCCUGGAGCCGUAUCGCUACAGCUGACGGAGUAUAUCCUAUGUCAGCGUCGGACGUAGUCCGCGCGGGUAAGGACCCUAAGCUGGCUGUCGACGCACCAGAGUCGUGGGGUUUUCCACCGGGUAAGAGCAAAAUGAUGGGCAUCGAAGCUUUCCACCUACUGCACUGUCUGAACGCGCUGCGCAAGAGCCUCAUCACCACCUAUGACUACUAUUGGGGAGCGAAGUACGGAUUUCAGCCGCCUGCCAUAUACGAGCGCCACCUUAAUCACUGUGUCGAAAUGUUGCGGCAGCACUUGAUGUGUCAUGCUGAUCUCGAACCAUUCACCUUCAACUGGCGCGAGGGCCAGGCCAAGCCGUACGCCGACUUUAACAUUCAAAAGACUUGCGUAGACUUCGACUACUUGCUGGAGUGGUCCGAGAGAAACAAAGACCCCCGGCAUGAGGAGCUUUGGCGGGCUUUGGAAAAGCCAGAAGAUGCAUUGCAGAAAGAAGCGCCUGCUGAUUUGCCACAAAUCACUGAAGAUACAGUAUGGAGUGCAAGUGGAAAAACUCCACUGGCUAAUCUUACUGGCUUCGAGGGCAAGGAGUACUGUCUCGGUACCAGGUCAUAAUGUCUUGAUAUUCAAUGAAAAAUAAAACCGAUAGUUUACUUAGAUGGUCAUUAAAAUCGGGGGAUAAAAAAUACAGCACAUGUUCAAGACUAGGUAAUACACCACCACUAGACAAUGUAUGCAAGAGAAGGUUAAUCCUCCACUAUCUUCUAAGUGAGGGCUGGGGGCACAUACCUGGCAGGAGCAAGGAUGUCAUGCCGGAAGACAACCCGAGGCGAGGGGUAAGGCGAAGCUUGAUCCAACACAAUCCAUGUAUUAUCCAACUUCAUUGCACUGUGAAGGUGAAGACCUCGGAAUGGGUCUGAUUAUAUAAUCAGGGGAUAGUUGGGAUAAUUACCUAACUUUACAGUCUAGGACAAUAGUGUUGAUAUAUCGACCACUUGAUCUGGCGUUGUUUGAGGAAUUCUUAGCAAGUGUGAUCCAUCCG